AAAAUUUAUCUCUCUGUAAUUUUAUCUUUCAGAAAAAAAUUCUUUAUUCAAGUUUCUCGAUGCAAAGUUUAUAUUUCCUCGCAAUUCUGAAAUCCCUUCAUGACUCAUAUUCAAUCAGUUUUUUUUACAAAAACUUUUGUAAUUUAAUGUAUUAUUAGAAAAAAAAUAAAAGUUUCUUGAAUCUAUCACGCGACGUCAUCGAUCGUUUCCAGUUUCAACUCAUCAACAGUUUGUUGAUCAAUAAUACUGUUUCAUUUUAAUGCACACGAGAAAAUAUUUGUUCACCCCCACUAGUUAGCGAUUAUUUUAUUUAUCAUUACUAAUGAUUUGUGCAAGAAGUACCGACAUGAGUUAACACAUUACUUCAAAAAAAAGUAAGUAGUGAAAAGAUUAUAGCGUUUAGAAUCGUAAAGAUGGUUUCAACGUGGAGUUCAGGCGCAACUUUGCCGUCAACACAAUUUCAAAGCAUGUUUAGCGAGGAAAAAUCUCAAAGCGGAUUAACUUUUGUAGACUUUUUGCCGGAACAACGAAGUCGUGGCGGCUUCUUCAGCCAAGCUAAAUAUGAAACAUUUAGGUCUUUGGUGGAUCGAGCAAAUGACUGGUUGCGUGCCAACCCCCAGUGGAAGAUAAAAACUUGUGAAAGUGUUGAAUUUAAAGAUAAAGGAAAUGAAAUUGAUUCCGAAAAAAUGAUUUACUUGGAAUAUGGAGAGGCAUCAACUUGUUAUAUAAGAGGAUUAAGAUUGUGGAUUAGCAAAAGAAAUUCCGGAGAAGAAAGAAGUCAACAAAUAGGCUAUAUUAACAUAGUGCCUGAAAAAAAGAAAGACGGGGGUAUUUUUUCUUCAGCAGUUUUCGAAGAUUUGGAUGAAGUGAUCGAUAGAUUCAAUUCUAUGAUUAAGAAUCAACCGAUUCCAGGCCGUAUUAUUACCAUAGAAAGUCAGGAAAUGAAAACCAAACAGUCAAGUGAUUUCGAGCCAGAUAAAUCUAGCUGGAUCGAAAGUGGACAAAUGGCAAAUCAUUUCCUUUUUGUCAUAAGAAUUUUCUUUGAACUCUCGGACGCAGAAGUUGAAGAAAUAGGAAUUAAAGACUUUAUACCAGAUAUUUUAGAAAGAGGUGGUAUAUUUUCUUUGCCGAAAUAUGAGCUUUUUUCGACCAUGGUUAAUAAAGCUUCAGUCUGGUGUUCACAGCAAGCUGAUAUUAGAAUCUGCAAUGCUCAAUCCCUGGAAAUUAAAGUUAGAAGAGGCAAUGAAGUGGAUACACAGAAGAUGAAUUAUUUUGAGCACAGUGGAAGAGCAACCUUCUAUGUUCGCAUAUUACGUUUAACUUACGUAAAACCUCCACUUUACACAAAAACGGAUUUCAAGUCAUCUGAUAUAUCACAUAUUUCCUGUAAAUCGUUUGUGCCAGUGCAGAUAUCAUCUGGUAUAUUCUUCCCCGAAUUCGAAACAUUAAAUGAAACUAAAGAAAGAAUAUCUGCAUGGAUGAAAGCAACAGGUGCAAGAGUCAUAAGUGCGGAAACUUCUGCUUUAAGAAUUCUGACAGGAGGUGAAGCAAAACAAGGCACAGAAGCAAGCUUCACUUUUAACCAAGCUGAACGGGAUGAAUAUUGGAUUUUUGUUAUAAGAGUAUAUUUGAAUGGAGCAUAUAAAGAGCCACCAGAAGAAAUGCUGCCACCUGUCCCUGAACUUGAAGAACAAAACUGUUGUACACUAUUGUGACUGCAAUUGUCAGCAGUUUUAGAAAGUAUAAUAUUGUUUCAUCUAUUACAACUUUUUGAAUUUUAAAACCAAGUUUUAACAGGAAGUUGUUGGUUGUAUUUGAAUUUUUUUUUAA